CCGAAGUACGGAAAAAUUAUCACAGUGAUGUUAAUUGUGGCAGGAGUUGUAUCACACGUUGUUAAUACAAAUGUAUACAAAGAUCACACAAUGUUCGGUUAUUCUUUGGAUUAUAGAAAAUUUUUAAAUUACGUGAAUCAGAAUUACUUUAAACCUUAUUAUGCACAUCUCAGCUCAUUUUUUACUGGAUUCUUGUUUGGAAGCUUUCUGUCGAAAAAAGGAGAAAUUAAAUUUGCUCGUAAAACCCUUCUGGUAUUUUGGAUCGGAACUAUUAUAUUGAUAAUGCUGGCAAUAUUUGGAUUGCACGGUUAUAAAAGAGAAACAUCACCAAACGACACUAUAGUAUAUUUACAUCACACGUUAUCGCCAUUUGCUUUUACUGUGGCUACGACAUGGAUUUCUGUUGCCUGCAUUACGGGAUACGGUGGUAUCUAUAAUCGAAUUUUUUCAUUGCGAAUAUUUUGUAUGUUGGAUAAAUUAAUUAUUUGGAUCUACAUGCUUCAUAUACUAGUUUUAAUGUAUAUUCAUAAUCAUUUACGGAAAGGUCUUUACGCAUCAGCAAUAACUCUGUGGAUGUUGUUCCUAAUGGUGAUGUGCCUAACUUUGAUAGCGUCGUUACUCAUGCAUUUAUUUGUGGAAACACCUUUGAAUUAUCUUAUUAAUAAAAUAAUUGAUUUUUUCUGUAAGAAGAAAAAAGUGGAUAGAAAGGAAGAACGCAGAAUUGAUAAUUUGCGUGAAAAUCAAAACAACGACAGCAAUGAAGUCUAAGAAUAUGAAUUAUCUUUAUAUGAUUAAUAUGUUCAAGAUAUCCGAAUAUAAUGAAACUGAUUUGUAACAAUA